UGCGAAUGGAACGUUCCCGGGAUUACUGGCCCGGAAUUUGAACCCAGGGAUAAGGAAUCCCCGGGGAUUUGGUGUUCCGGGGGUCUACACGUUCGCAAAAAGUCGUAAGGGAUCAGCGAUCGCCUGAUCUCCCUCAACGUUGAAUUGAUCUUACUUUUGAGAGGAGACCAGCGCUUUUUUUUGUUCUUUCUUGCCCCACCUCUGUUUGACUGUCGACCGAGUUGCGGGAUCAAAGACCGUCGCACCUGCAGCGAUCUAACUGUCAGCGGCCGCCUCCUGUCACCAAGUGACAGCGACCCACUUACCUGAGUCUGAGUCGGCUUCAAAUAAACCAGCAAAGACCAUCGAGAGUAAGCCGGGAUACACGAACUUCCGCAAAAGAAAAAGUCCUGUUGCUUAAGUCAUCUUGCGAUCCUCUGGAGUAUUGAGCCAGCACGGCACAGUCUGACCAUGUCCGCAGACCGUUACUCCGCUCUGGAUGAAACUGCCCUCAGGAAGCUGCUUGAAGUGACUGAUGACUUAGAUGAGCGGAGACUUAUUCGUUCCACUAUAUGUGAGCUGAGGAGGAAAGAACUGAAAGGGAUGGAGGAAGCACUAUCUUCCAAACGCUUUCGUUCUGAAAGAGCAAAUGGACACCAUGAAAACAAAGAAAAUCGUCAACGACAAGAAGACGAUCAGAAACGGUCUUUGGAUAUUCUUUCAGGGAAACUGGAGUCAAUCCAUGACAUUGAUGAGUUAACAGCCAUGCUUCGAAAUGCAGGUGAAUAUGCAGAACGUAAACUGAUUAGAGCUGCCAUUCGCAAACUUCGUGAGCGAGAGAUUGAAGCUGCAUCCAUGCCAAACAAGCCAGUUGGCAUGCUAGUUCAUAAUAGAGCACUGCAAAAUGAAAGAACAAUAAGCACUUACCCUCUGAACAUCACAUCACAAAAAACAUGGUCAACCAAAGAUCUACCUACAAAUGACAAGAAAAAUGUUCUUCAAACACAAGAAGGAGAGACUGAAAGCUUGGGGGAGCGACAAAAGGUGCAAACGCAAGCCCAAGAAUUUCAAAACCAGAGGUGGAGAAGUCGGAGUGAGUCUGAUGAAAUAGCCUCUGAAACAGUUGUUCUCGAUCCACUGAAGAGAGUCGAUGAUGGUUCAGUGAAAUCAAUUUGGGGAUCUCGACAAAGGGCAGAAUCCUCUUGUUUGGAUUGUCACUCAUUUAGUACUGACUUGGACUUGAGAAAUGAAAGUUACACAGAUUCCAAAAAGUAUAUGACAUCUAACGGUUCCAGGGGCACAUUAGAAACCCACAGGAUAAUUUCAACACAAUACAAUGAUACAUUGCAGCAGAAUAAUCCUUCAAGUCUCAACAAUGAAAAUGCCAGUAUAAAAGAAACUGAAGUUUUUAGAAAAAAUAGAUGUGCUUCAAUUAAUAACAAUGAGAAUGUCAUCGCAGGACCUCUUAUACCUGAAAGGGAGGAUAUGGAUAGCAUUUUCCAGUCUGAGAUAAGUUCCAGGAACGUGAAUCUGGGCUCUGUACAAAACUGGUUGAAUUCUGACAUCAAUGAUAAUAUACCUUCAGCAACUACAGGAAGAGCCAAUGACAACAAUGAAGAGAACACAUGUUUCAUGACACUUGACAAUAAGAUCAUUUAUGAGGAUCAAACACCAAGGAGCAUAGCAACUCCAUCCAAGCAGAAAGAGUUAACUGAAAAAGCCAGUGACAUACACAUGAAUAGCACGCCUAUCAGAAAAAGUAACUCCAUACAAGACCGAAUGAAGAAGUUUACAAUGGACUCACCUGACCAACCUUUUGAACUUGGAUCACACUUCUGCACUCAGAAAAGAAAUGAAGGCAGAAAUAGCAGAAUUCUACAGCAACAGCAGCUAUUCUCAGGUAGUCCUGCAUUAAAGAUGAAAGAAAUUAAAAGUUCAUAUUUGGAAAUAUCUCCAAAAGGAAAGUCUGCAGGACUUAAGGACACAUGGGAAUUUGGUAAAUCUAUAGGAAAAACAGAUAAAGAGGCUGAAUACUUACUGUCCAAUAGAAGUAGCAAACUCACGGGCUCAAACAAGAGAAAUGGGAUAGAGCGGGACAGGUCUACAUCCUUGAAGGAAAACAUGUUCCGCUUUGUCCAAAGGGAUGGAAAACAUUCACCACAAUCUGGUUGCAACUUGAUUUAUAGCACUGUCAAAUCUAACUUUGCAACCACAGAAGUACAGAAAGGUCCACCUAGGACAACAAAUUCAUUGAUUUCUUCUACUGAAAGCUUAAGUAAUUUGAUUGCAUCUGAAGUUCUUGCAGAUGAAUCAAGUAAAACAAGGACUUUUGACAAGGAUUACACUAAGAAACCUUACUUACAAAAUGCUGUUGCUGAUAAAUCAUACAUUAGAACUCCAGGGAGGAGCAACAUAAACAAGUCACAGACAAUCCAGACUGCGUCAGAGAAGGACUCUAGUAAAACAUGCAGAGACAGCUCAGUGUGCUUAGACCAACUCAGUUCUGCUGAGUGCUCAGACGUGUCUGCUAGAACAAUCAAUCUCUUACAAAGAAGUUUUUCUGGACAAAAGGAGAAGGAUACGUUUGUCGGCAAUAAAGACAACAUGAAGACACUUGUGACAAUUGAAGUCAAGGAGGGCCAGAAACCAGAUGUCAUCUCUGCAAGGAUCUCUAGUGCACCUUCCUCACAGAGGAGAGAGCUGACAUUUGGUUUGAGAGCUACUCCAUUCAGAAUGCCUGGUUCCAGCAGUAUGAUGAUGGAUACUGAACAAGUAAUGACCGAAGCUGCCCAAUCACGACAACAUAUUGAGGCUAUUUUACCUAAUGGUACAGAGAAGGAAAAGGAGAAUAAUACAAAAGAAAACAAAAUCAAACCCGGUUUGGAGGACUUAAGCACUAUUGAAGAUGAAGAAGUCCUGGAUAAAAUGCUUGAUGCCACAACAGAUUAUGAGGAAAGGAAGAUAAUUCGAGCUGCAAUGAGGGAGCUCCGGAAAAAGAAAAGAGAUGAGAGAGAGAGAGAGCGUGAAAUGAGACUACAGGAACUGAAGCAGAAAACAGAUGAGAAGAAAGGAAAAUCCUUGAAUACUGCUGAAAUGACUCUAUCUAAGACACAAAAAUCUACAGAUGGGAAGAUUGUGACGUCAGUCUCAAAGACUGAGAAAAUCACUCAAGCAGAUGGUGGCAACAGAACGUUACGAACUACCACCAUGGAAUCAAGCAUUUUAAAGAAAACAGAUGCAGGUGGAGCUACUGUUGUCCAGACCAAGUCCUCCUUUACUUCCAGCAGCACAUCAUCCAAAAAGAUCGGCAGUAUUUUUGACAGAGAAGAUGAUGCACGGUCUAGUAGUGUGUCAGCACUUGAGAGGAAGCAGGCUGAGAAGAGGAAAGAGGUGAUGAGGUCACAAACGCUGCCACGCACUUCAGGAACACAGGCACGGAAGGCAUUAAUUGAGAAACUAGAAAAGGAAGGUGGAAGCCCUGGAAAUCCAGCCAUUGCCAAAAUGAAGGUGCAGAGAUCCUCAAGUUGUGGUGUACCAAAUGCUAACAGUAUAAAGCAGAUGCUACUUGAUUGGUGUAGAGCCAAGACACGUGGUUAUGAGCAUGUGACUAUCCAGAACUUUUCCUCUAGUUGGAGUGAUGGGAUGGCAUUCUGUGCUUUGGUGCAUAACUUCUUCCCCGAGGCCUUUGAUUACUCAGAAUUGAAUCCCAACAAUCGUAGGCAUAACUUCGAGGUGGCAUUCAAAAUGGCAGAACAAAUAGCUUCCUGUGAUCCCCUGAUUGAAGUUGAGGAUAUGAUGAUAAUGGGCAAAAGACCAGAUCCAAAGUGUGUCUUCACAUACGUGCAGUCCCUGUAUAAUCACUUGCGAAGGUACGAGUAACCAGCCCUAGAAUAUGGAAGCCAGAAUAUCUUGAAUUUCUGUUUAAACUGAAUAUCAGUCCACAGCAUGCUUGUGUUUUUAGAUAGUUGUCAGAAGACAUGUAUAUAUUGUGUGCUGCAUUUGCGCUCUAGGAUUUUAUUUCUCUUUCUGCAUUAAGACAGGAUGAAAAUGCCAGGGUAAUGAGUUGUCUACUUUGUGUAUAUUAUAAAACCAUUGUAUAUGACCCUUUUUAAAUUCUAAAUCAAGAAAAAAAAUUAUAAAUAUACUGAGAAAGAACCUUUCAUACAAUUGUCUGCAUAAACAUUUGCAAAUAGGCACAUUACAGCACUGAAUUAAGAUCCUUAGACCUCUCAAGACCUUUUAAAAUUGAUUUUAUUCGAUUCUAAUUGAUUGAAAUUAUACCAUGCAUUUCUCUUUCUCUCUCCCUCUCCCUCUGUCUCUCAAAACAAUAAAAGAAGGCAGUUUCAGGAUAUGUGGUAGACCUGUUUUGUCUCACUGUGACAUUUUUAAGUAAUAAUUCUGCAUUGCAAAUAAUUCACUUUUGCAAAUUUACUUCUAUAUUGUACCAAAUGUGCCAUUGGUGAGAUCAGAGGAAAUAUGUACAUCAUGCAGUCAUAAUAAAAAAUAUAGUAUUGCUUUCAACAAUCAAAAUAAUGGAUACAUUUAAUAGAUAUUCUAAUAAUGAGGAGCUUCCUAUACAUUCGAGCAAAAUAUAACCAGUAUAUAUCCAGCUAUGGAAUUCAUUUGUCCAAAGAACCAACCAUAUUUUGCCACUAUUGAGAUUCAAAUUCUUAAGUUAUUAGCCUCACUCAAACAGUGCUACUUUGGAAUAACAAUAAACAAUUCAAUUCUCAUUAUGUCCUCAGCUGAUUAAAGUUGGAGUUAUAGUUUAGGAGUGCUACAAUUGGUUUUAGAGCUGAGGAAGAAGAAAGUGAAGCGUACUACCAAUUUAAGUGUGGGAAUGGAAUGCUUGCACUUUGCUGUGUUGCCAGGUUACCUUGUGUGUGCAUCAGUAUGUUAUUACAUCAAGGAAGUUUACUAGGGGAGAUUUAGGAAUGCUGCCAGUACCUAUGGAAUCAUACCUCACAAAGUAUCUAUAUUUAACAGAGGAGAGGAAUUGAAGGUGAACGUCAUUGACUUGUCCAUGUGAUACGUAAAGUGUGCUGAAAAUGUUUUGUUCUCUUUCACAAUGCUUAAAAGCGAAAUAUUAAAGUGUUCUCAAUGUGAAAAAUUGAAGGGUAAAAUUAUCACAAUGGCUGUAAUCACUGUGGUUCAGACACUAUUGUGUUUAGCAAGGGAUAAUAAGAUACAUGAGAGAAAAGCUUUUUUUUUUAGGUUUCAAGUAAAGUAUAACAGGUAGUCAAGCUGGAGAAUUCUAUAGAGCUGCACUCAGUUAGAAGAUGGGUCAUCACCUGUAUAGUGAAAACUUAUACUUCCUAGAUUUGGAACUAAUAUGUUUAAGUAUGUGUCUAUUUAGAAAGAAAAACUUCCCUCUAUUCCUCUUUUGCCCAAAACGUCGAUUUUCCUGCUCCUCGAAUGCUGCCUGAACUGCUGUGCUUUUCCAGCACCACUCUAAUCCAGAAUCUGUCCCCAUACCAAGCUUUCCAAAUUAAACAACAUUAGGAUUCUCAACCAAGCUGCUUCAGUGGGAGAAAUUGUUUGAUGUGUUAUUAGAAUGUUGACCGAAACACAUCAAGAAUACUUAGCAGUCACUUACAGUUUCUUGGGGGAUUUCUGCUGAUCUUCUGCCACAUUUACCGAAAAAGGUAAAGUCACCAUAGACUUACCACACCAUAGGGCUGCUUUCUUGUUACAGAGAGACAACUGAUGAUAGCUUAACCUGAGGGUCACCAUGCCUCAGGUGAGGGAGAGGUUGAGAAGAGGAAUCCUUAUGAAAUCAAAAAGGUUUCACUGAAAUUUCACAUCUAACCAUGUUGUUCACUGGUCAUCCAGGCUCUUCCUGAAUUUUAUGCUUUUUCUUUCUCUACAUAUUAUUGUCCCACUGAUUUGGUGGAGGCAGAUUCCCACUUAGCAUCUUGGUGACAGACGUUAUUACUAGGAUAGUGAUGACUAGAAGCAGGCAGCAGGAAACCUUAUCUACAUCCAAUACAAGUUGAAAAAUGCAACAGUUUAUAACUCCUUCCUCAAAGUAUAAUGUAUUUUAAAGGUUAGUGCUUGAAGGGGGAGACUCAUUUGCUUUGAGACAAACAAAUUUGUUUAUUUUGAUAGCUUUGGAAUCCUGCACUCUACUACUGCUGCCUCCACUGUGCACAAGGCAUCCCCCAAACACUUCUUCCUGCUUUUUCACUUUAGCUGGUAUAAAAGUGGACUGGCCAUUUUCCUCCACUUUUCAUUGUUGAUUGUGUUAUGGCACCAGAUUAUCUGGUUGGUUAACAGCCUCAAAAAGCCUAAGAUAGCAAGAUAGCCGAUGUCUUAUAUAACACUACUAUGAAAACAACUCGGGGGUGGGGAGGAAAUCAGAGUGCUGGCCAUGUGCCUUAUUUAUGUGCACCUCACCUGCCAAAAUCACACGUGGUCAGGAAUCAUUGGUCUCUGAAAAGAGAUCUGACAAUGCUGCACUCAAAACAUUAAGAAGAAUAGAAAAUACCGAGCAGAUCUAGCAGAAUCUAUUGGAAGAGAAACAGAAUUGGUGGCCAGGAUUUGGAGUUCUUUGCCCUAUGCAUAGAGUGGGCAACUUCAGGGUUCAAGAUUAGAGAGGUGCUGGAAAAGCACAGCAGGUCAGGCAGCAUCUGAGGAGCAGGAAAAAUCAACAUUUUGGGCAAAGCCCUUCGUCAAUUUUUCCUGCUCUUCGGAUGCUGCCUGACCUGCUGUGAUUUUCCAGCACCACUCUAAUCUUGACUCCAACCUCCAGCAUCUGCAGUACCCACUUCUGCCUAACAUCAGAGUUCAUUAACACCCUGGUCUCACCAAUAAGAAAACUCACAAAAUCAAAAGCCAGUUACAUUCUUAAAGUGCUGACUGGUGAACUUCCUAUCCGAUCAGGAGCCUUGCUAUUGAAAACCUGCCAUGCCUGAGACUGCCAGUGAAUCAGAACCUGGUAGCUUUGAAGAUUCUUGAUGGAGAACCAGGCUAUGAAGCCAUGAUGGUCUGAAACAGAGUAGAUGAGGACCACUUAGGCGGGGUUGAAAAGUGAGAGGUAUCAGGGAGUGAGUCAGAGUAAGGAUUGGAGUGGCUUUUGGAGGCCAUCCUCUUGCCCCGUCCCUAUCCUCCAUUGCCAAUGAUUGUGAUGGAUGGAGGUUCCCCAAUCUCUCUCUCUCUCUCUCUCUCUCUCUCUCUCUCUUUUUCGCGCUCUCUGUCUCUGUAUACACACCCACACACACACACACACACACACACACGAUUGGCUUUUUAGUCAGGAACCAGCUAGUAUCCUUGCAUGCUAAGAAGACAGUUAAUCAGAUCAAUGGUCAGUUGAAAUCCUAAAGAAGCCCUUAAUUAGCCAAUUAAUUUAAUUAAUUGGUGGCAUUGUGAGAAGGUUGUGCAAGGACCUCAUACUCAGAAUUUAUUUGCUGAUGUUGUGAGAAAAAGAUCAAUAUCUCUCUGGGGCCAAUUCACUCAAUUAUUUGCUCUUCACACCAAUUUAAGGAAAGGUAAAAUCAGACUAGUGUUUAGUUCAAUGAUCUUUAAUCAGAGCUCAAACAAUGUCUCUGAAUCUGUUUGAAACACAUAUUGAACUUUUCCACAGAGACAGAUUGAAAAGAUCAGUGAUAUCCACUUUAGUCUUAAUAAUUGAUGUUAUAAAUUGAUAUCCAUGAAGAUACAACAAACAUUUUAUGUUAUUACCCAGUCACUAGUUUGUUAAACAAUUAUUCUUUUUAAUCAUGAGUAUAUUCCCUUUAGUCCGCUGAUGCUGCCACAAAAGAGGGGGCAGGUACAUAUGUUUUAUAAUCAAAGUAACUUUUCAAUUGCAUUAACAAGAGAAAAUUAUACUUUGUGGUGUGCUCAUUUUUUUCUUCACCUCCAAUUAACCAGAGAACAACCAUCACAUCACACCAAAAUAAAUAUAUUUGUACACACACGUAUCAAGUUAAGAUUUCUGCUGCACUGUUAUAGAGGGUCACAUCUCUAGCACUGUUAAUGUAAGCACAAACUGCACAGGUUUUUAAUUUCAUAUGACUUGAAAACUGCUCAGUGUAUUACACUCUGCCAAGCAUAUUGUAUGAGUGUGUUAUUAAAGAAUCUUUGCAGGGGAAAUUGGCGAUACCUUUUUUACUGUAUCAGUAUAGUGCUUAAUGCCACAUUUAGCUUUUAAAAGUGCAAUGUGUCUGUAUGUAACCUGUAUGAAGAAAACUGCCUCAUGUGCUUCUGUGUAUCUGUACAUUAUUCCAGUGUUUCCUUAUUAAAGUUAGCAUUCAAUUGCUGCAAUAUUUUUUAUCAGUUUAAAUGUUUAAUUUUACAAAUGUGGAUUCUUUAUCCUCCCUGUACUUGAGAUGGUGAGAAAUUGUUGGUUUAGAAAUCAGUUUUUAACAGUCUUCAGCUUUGGGAAGAACAGCUGUAGCCUUUGAUCAACCUUAUUUCCUCUGGCACCCCCUGACCAUCCUAUAAUAAUGGCUGAAACUUCAUGUAGGUGAUCAGGGUCCAGCCUGCCAACUGGGAAAGGAGGCAAGUAAAAGUGGGAGGGAAUUGCAUGGGAAUGGGAAAGGGAAACAACAGAAAGGACAGGAGGAUAAUUCCUAGUGUCCUAUUUUUCUAAAGCUCCAUCCUACCAACAUCACAAUGCUUGAUUCACGGCACUGACCAUCCCCUCUUCCAGAAACCCACAAGCAACGCUGAUACAGUUUGUUUACCUGGCCUCUUGCAUGGCCUUCUCACUUGGUGAGUCUUCCACCUGGUGCUGGAUGAACAGCAGCAGUGACAGGAUGAGGUUCUGAAAGUGACAGAGUUCUCACGUUCUGCUCUCUCCGUGCCCUACCCCUCUAUUUUAACAUGCUAAGUAGAUACUGUAACACUGCUUCUCACUUAGACGUUUGCGCUAUAUAAAAUAACAUUCACGUUGAUGUGUGAGACCUGCUCAAAGGAUUUAGUCCAUAGAAAAUUGCUUAUAAAACAUAGGCAUAUACAAAAUGCAGGUCCACAUGUAAAGGUGGCCCAAAAAGGACAUGGGGCUGAAUGUUCUCAUUCCUACAUGAGAGCUUUGGAGAUAGGGGGUGCUGAAAACCAUAUGGGGAGUUGUGUGGGGAUGGAUCCUGGAUUCAUUCUGCUGAGACAGGGAACUAAUUACCUUGUUCAGGCGCUAUUAGGAGUAAUUUUACUGGCAUUUUGUCACUACCAGAGCUGUUCCUUACCAUGGCACAAGCCUGUCUGUGACAGUGUGGUGGUUCAUUGAUUCUGGAGCCCACAGAAGGCCGCAUUUGUAGCCAUUCCCAAAUAAUCAGAGGGUUUUGCACUCAACCCUGUGACAGUACCAAGGUUGAUUGUGUUUAUGUCCACUCUACUAUGAAGGGUGCUUACGUGUUGAGGCACUUUUACCGUCCCUGAUCUACCUUAGUAAUCUACUGAGGUUCCAAAGCUGCUGACCCUUUGGGGCUGCAUCAUGAAGAGCCUACCAGAUGGAAGUAUACAAUUAGGAGACCUCCAUGAACGUUGCACUGCUGGCUUUGCCACUGAAAAAUUUUAUCUUGACAAAAUUAUCUGCUUGCGUCUCUGAUUUACAGCACUUAAGUUGUACUUCCUUUUUGAAUUAAAGAAAAUCAAUUUUUGACUGCCAUAUUGGAUUUUUCACCUCAACUGAAAUGUUGGCUCCAAAUUUUUCUUUGGGAAAUUCCUCUGAUUUUGUUUUUCUGUCAUCACAUUGCAUGAUGUAAGCAGAUACCUAUUCAGUGGUAACUAUUUGCAUUUAACAUCUAAACCAUGAUACCUACAUUCCAUUGAUACUGGCGAACAGGAGGUUGAAACAGAGAUUGGAACUAAAUAGGAAUUUGGAAAUUUAGGAUACAAAUUUUAAAAACUGUACUGCCAUUGGUGUCAGAUGAGUUUCGGCUGAUCAUUCAACUACAUCUAUGCCAUUGUUACUGCUACUGACUGCAAUUUAAAGGUACUCCUUUUUGAAACAAUGGAUUUUAGCCCAUUGGUACAUGGAGGAUAAUAAUUGUUGGAAGGAGGAAGACAUUAUGUUGAAGGUUACUAAUGUAUCUAAAGUGUAUGAGGGGAAAGAGUUCUAGGCCCUGACUUUAUGGACGCAACAUGUAAAUUUGUGACACAGAGGAGCAUUUUCACAAACAGGCUGCAAAUUGACACACUUUGUAAGAAACUUACAAUAUCUGCUCCACUACAUAGUUCAUUUUAGAGCUUGAAGUUCUUUGUUAGAAACGUACAAUAUCUGCUCCACUACAUAGUUCAUUUUAGAGCUUGAAGUUCUUUGUUGGUUUGUAAAAUGUACUUAGAAGUUUUAAUUAAAAUGUACAAAAAAUAUAUACAUUGCCACAUUACUAACUAAUUAUUUGCAGUACACCCUGAUACACAAAAUUCUGGUGCAAGCGCAAGGGUCUGGAUGGCUUCUUUCUGUGUUGUAACAUUCUGUGAUUCUUGGAUCAUGCACCCAUUUUACUUUGUAAUAAAGUGAAUCUUGUUGCUGGCUUUUAUUUGCAUGAAAGGUAUUUUAACAUUGACAGAAAUUCUUUGCUGCUAAAAUGUCUUAAUUUACAGCAGCCAUCCAUUCACUUCAAGCAAAAUUUAGUCUAUUCCUGUAGCUUUUAAGAUAUUCAUAGUACCUCAUUAUCUCUGGCUGACCCAACAUGCAAUGCAAACUGGAUGAAUUAAAGAGCAAUACAAAAACAGCAAAGCUUUACUUAAUGCUGAAUGAUCAGAAUUUUCCUUUAGAAUUGCAUUCAUUGUGUGUUUAGCCAUCCAUGAUAAGUUGCCUCUGGGAAGAUCAUUUCAAUCUUUUGUGUUUUUUUAGAAUACCACAUGCUCAUCAAGGUGGGAGUGUUAGAGAUGAAAAUUGGACAUAUUCCAAUUUUUGCAACUGGUUCAAACAUUACUGCGUAGAAUAUUAUAUCGGUUAGAUGCAAAUACAUUGCCAGUUGCAUUGUCCCAUAUUGAAUCAGUGCUUCUGAGCCUGACAAUCACAUUUAGAUGAAGAUUUGAUUUCACACUAUUUCUGUUCAAAUACUUAGGUAGUUGAUCAUCAGUCACAAAGUGCAGGCUUGCCCUACUUCUAACAAACUGGUUUAUUAAAUGACAUUGCUAAACUCAAUUUAAAGAGCACAAACACACAUUGCCUUAUAUGAAAUUUGAAGUCUGUUCUCUUUGUAACUUGUGAAGCAAAUUAAAAUAAAUUAAAUAUUUUGUGUUUUAUUUCAAAGAGCUCACAGCAUGACCAUAUUUUUGCUUGUACUACAUUGAGGUAUGUGUCAGACAGGCCUGACUUUACCUUCAAUGUCAUGUAUUUAUGUAUUUUUCAGGCCAUAACACCAUUGUAACACAGUCCAUAUUUUUAUGUAUGCAUUUUAUAACUUGCCUGUUUUACACAGUAUAUGCAGAUAUACAGAA